GGUCUGUACUGGUCCAUACUGGUCCAUACUGGUCCGUACUGGUCUGUACUGGUCCGUACUGGUCCGUACUGGUCCCGCAGGCGCUGAUGUCCCGCGCUGGGCGGGCGCUGCCCCGACGGGCACUGGAGCAGGACUGGUCCAUACUGGGAGAGCUGGGCAGCGGCUCCUACGGGCGCGUGCUGCUGGCACGGCCCCGGCGCGGAGGUGCGCAGGUGGCGCUGAAGCUGCUCUCCAAGGCGCGCACGCCCAGGUGCAGCUUCCUGCGGGAGUUCUGCACUCACCUGUGCCUGCGGGGGGCGCUCACCUGCGUCCAGGUGCUGCCGCUCGCCUUCGAGACCCCCACGGAGUUCGGCUUCGCCCAGGAGCUCGCACCUGCCGGGGACCUGUGCGGGCUGCUCACACCUGGGGUGGGUCUCCCGGAGCCGCAGGUGAAGCGCUGCGCCGCCCAGGUGAGCUCGGCUCUCUCUUACCUGCACGGCCACGCCCUGGUGCACGCCGACCUGAAGCUGGACAACGUCCUGGCCUUUGACCCCGAGUGUCACCUGGUCAAGCUCGGCGACUUCGGCCUGACGCGCGCGCUGGGCUGGCAGGUGCGCCCCGCCCACCGCCCCGCCCCCUACGCCGCGCCCGAGCUGCUGCCCCGCCCUCACCUGCGCCCAGGUGAGCCGCGCCUGGAGCCCGCCGUGGACACCUGGGCGCUGGGCGUGCUGCUCUUCGCGCUGCUCACCGGGAGCUUCCCCUGGGCCUCACCUGCGCGCUCCGACCCCGCCUUCCGCCGCUUCCGGGCCUGGCACGGCCGCACCUGCGCAGGUGAGGCGCUGCCGAGGCCGCCGCGCACCUGGCGGGGCCUGGGGGGGGCGGGGCUGGCGCUGCUGCGGGGGCUGCUCCACCCCCAGCCCCAGCGGAGGUGCCCACCUGGGGAGGUGCUCAGGUACCUGGGCGGGGCCUGGCUGCGGCACGGGGGGCAGGGGAGCCCAACAGGUGAGGGGAGACAGGUGAGCCCCAUAGGGGAACAGGUGAGCUCUGCAGGUGGGAGCAGCCAGGUGAGCUCUGCAGGUGAGGGGGGACAGGUGAGCUCUGCAGGUGAGAGUGGGAGCAGCCAGGUGAGCUCUGCAGGUGAGGAGGGACAGGUGAGCUCUGCAGGUGGGAGCAGCCAGGUGAGCUCUGCAGGUGAGGGGGAACAGGUGAGCCCAACAGGUGAGGGGGGACAGGUGAGCUCCAUAGGGGGACAGGUGAGCUCUGCAGGUGAGGGAGGACAGGGGAGCCCAACAGGUGAGAGUGGGAGCAGCCAGGUGAGCCCAACAGGUGAGAGUGGGAGCAGCCAGGUGAGCUCUGCAGGUGAGGGGGAACAGGUGAGCCCAACAGGUGAGGGGGGACAGGCGAGCUCUGCAGGUGAGAGUGGGAGCAGCCAGGUGAGCUCUGCAGGUGAGGAGGGACAGGUGAGCUCUGCAGGUGAGGGGGGACAGGGGAGCUCUGCAGGUGAGAGUGGGAGCAGCCAGGUGAGCCCAACAGGUGAGAGUGGGAGCAGCCAGGUGAGCUCUGCAGGUGAGGGGGAACAGGUGAGCUCUGCUGGUGGGAGUGGCCAGGUGAGCUCUGCAGGUGAGGGGAGACAGGUGAGCCCCACAGGUGACUCCAGGUCCCCCUACAGUGAGGUGGGGACACCUGCACAGGUGAGGGGAACACCUGGGUGUGGGAUAGAGGCACCUGGACAGGUGAGGGGAACAUUUGGAGAUGGGCUGGGAACACCUGGAGUGCGAUGGAAACACCUGGAGAUGGGAUAGAGACACCUGGGAUGGACAGGGAACACCUGGACAGGUGAGGGACACACCUGGGAUGGACAGGGAACACCUGGACAGGUGAGGGACACACCUGGGAUGGACAGGGAACCACACCUGGAGUUACCUGUGCACACCUGGGCUCACCUGCGUUCACCUGAGCUCACCUGAGCUCAUCUGGGCUCACCUGGCGUUACCUGGACUCACCUGGGGCUACCUGUGCUCAUCUGGUGAUCCCUGUGCACACCUGUGCUCACCUGAGCUCAUCUGUGCUCACCUGAGCUGACCUGGGCACACCUGAGGUUACCUGAGCACACCUGGGCACACCUGAGCUCACCUGGGCUCACCUGGACUCACCUGAGGUUACCUGGGCUCAUCUGUGCACACCUGGGCUCACCUGAGCUCACCUGGGCUCACCUGAGCUCACCUGGGGUUACUGGAGGUUAUCUGGACACAUCUUUGCUCACCUGGGCUCACCUGUGCACACCUGAACUCACCUGGGCUCACCUGGACACACCUGACGUUACCUGGGCUGACCUGAACUCACCUGAGCUCACCUGGGCACACCUGAGGUCACCUGAGCUCACCUGUGCACACCUGGGCUCACCUGGACACACCUGAGGUUACCUGAGCUCACCUGGGCUCACCUGUGCACACCUGGGGUCACCUGGGCUCACCUGGCACACCUGA